UUGAAGCAUUGGGUAGUUUUAAUUACUAAUUAAUUAAGCCGGUUAUAAACGCGAGAAAAGUGCUUGUUCAAGAGUGAUAAAUAACAGAAUAAAUUUUCUUCUUUCAAAGAGAAAAUUUAAGAACAAAAUUGUCUCAUAGAGGACAAGUAUCUUGAACAAUAAAAAAUGUGAACCGGACGGAAAAUAGCGGUGUGAUUUACAUGGCGGAGGGGAGAGUCGAAACGUCGAAGAAAGAGAGAAGUUUUGUGAUUUCGGAUCGUCGAUCGGUCGAACGAAGUGGCAGACGCUUGCGUCUCAUGACAAGGAGUGGACCUCCGAGUGUACCGUGCUGCGUCAUCGUAGAAUGGACACACAAGGAGGAAUGUCCCGUAACACUGGACCUGGUUUGUAUGAAUUCCUUAUGGAAGCAGAGCUCCAACAAUAUUAUCCUGGAAUUCGAGGGGACUUGAAGGUACAGACUACUGCUCAAUUGAAAUAUGUAACAGAAGAAGAUUUGAAUGCAAUUGGAAUGAGCAAACCAGAAAUGCGUCGUUUAAAGAAAUAUUUCCAAAAACAUUUCCCUCAAAACUAUCUAUCUAAGUUCAAAAAGAUGUUGUUACCAAAACGGGAAGAACCAACUACAGGUGCUUUAACAAUGUUACCAGAAGAAAGGCAAGAUAGACCACCGAUUCCAUUAACUGGCCAUCAAAUUUUAGAAGCCAUAGAUGAUCCUAACUUCCAGAGAUUAGAGCAACCAGAAUGUUGUCCAAAAGAUUAUUUUUCUCUUAUGCAACAAUGUUGGCAACAUGAGCCAUCCAAACGACCUAAGUUUUCUGAAUUAAUUAAUCUUUUACCUGAUUUAAAACCAGAACAGGUUCAAGCUGUUCAAGAUACUAUGGAAACAGGUCAGCUUGUUUACAGGCAAGGAGAUGUUAUAACUGUUCUUGACAAGGGAAGUAGUAACACAUUGUGGAAGGGAGUUUUAAGCAAUGGAAAAACUGGCUUUUUUAAUCCUGUUCAUACAAUAGCAUAUCUUGGAUCAAAUCUACCAAGUAAUAAGCCAGGAGAAUUCACACGUGGUGAUGGAAAAAACGCCUUUUCUUCUCAGAGACGAAAAAUUCGUACAGAUAUGAUUUCCUCUCCGCAAGGUGAUUUGAAACAUACGGGUCAUGUCGGAUUAGAUGGAGCUUAUUUUGGUGAUAUUGGCUUCCUUGGUGGAAAAUAUCCACAUUUACCACGACAAGUAGUGACACCAUACAAACCACAAGAAGAUGUAACGGACAAUUCUAGUCAAAUUUUGAACCAGGAUGCAAGAAGCACAGAGACAAACAGAGAAUUAUUGAGAGAUUACAGAAAUACACAACAAGAUGCCCAGAAUAAGCAUGAAAGUUUAUGGUCAGAUGUAAGUUCUGAAGUGUGCCAUGUGGCUAAUUCAAGUAAACAGUCUGUUCCAUUAACCGCGACUAGCAGUAAUGAUACUCUUGGAGCAGAUCAUGAGUAUCAUGAAAUCAGUGAUGAAGAAAAUCAAGACAGUCCAUUGAAAUUCGACAAAAUGUUGAAUUUUGAUUUUGGUCCAAGUCUGUUAGCUGAAAUGGACCAAAUGUUUAGAUCAUUAGGAUCUUCUCCUCCUCCACCACCACCAGUUCAUCCUUUAUCAACUGAACACGAAUCGAGUAAUGCUCGAAACGAGCUGAGAGAAAUACAGGCAAAGCAGAGCAAUAAAAAAAAACAAGCCACCGUGAAGCCUAUCUCAGCUGCCGAUCAGAAAACUCUCUACUCAGCCAUUGCUAUGGCACAGGAAUUGACAGCACGUUCCAUGACAGACCUUGAACAUCCACCGGAGUCUCCCCGAACACCUGCCAGUCCUUCAAGACGCAGAAAGUUCUCUUUUAAGUUGCCACAUCAACACAGUCCUAAACCAGACAGACGACACUUUUCAGAAGAAGCUGCCAGUAUACCUGACAUACAGGUACUAUCAUCCACAGUAUCUAGCAUAGAAUCACUCGGUGCACCGUCCACCUUGAAAUUACCAUUGUGGGAUAAAGCGUCUGCCGAAUUUUGUUUCGCAAAGUCACGCGAGCUUCUGACAAAGCCCACUGCGUGGACUUCCUAUAUGGGCAUAGAAUUUGAUGCACAUAUCCUUGACAAUGUGGCUAUGAAACAGAAUUUAGUGAAAUCAACAGAAUUCCUAGAGAAUGGUAACAAGAAGGGCAAUUUUAUUUGCGAUAGUGUAACGAACAUAAAUGCGAAACAACUUCAACAAAAUGGAAAGGUGCCUUCUCUUAGUAUAGAGAAUUCAAACUUUGAUUUUCCUCGAGAACAAAAAAGAGUAUCUACUAGUUAUGUAGAUCGUUAUUUUGAACAACCAAAAUAUUUCGACGAUGAUAAUACACUAACAUGUUCUAGUGAGAAAAUGUUAUACUUCAGCGAGGAUAAAUACGAUAAGAUCAAUAAUCUGGAACAACCGAGUAAAUCAGCGUGCUAUUCAAAUAUUCAAGAACAAGGUUCUGUUUCUGUGAACAAAUUUAACCAGCAAAUAUCAAGUAAGUUUGCUAAUUGCGAUCAAUCAUUAAAGGAUAAUGUACCAAAUUUUGAAGCGCAAUGCGAAGAAACUGCUGGUUUUGAUUUGGUGAAAGAAAAAUCUUCGAACUUUAUUGAUUUUGCACGUAGUAAGCAGAUUAAAUUUGAUUCGCCCAGGGAUAAAGGAACUAAUACAGAUCUUGGUACAAGACCGAAGAUUUCAAGUUCUUUCAAUGAUUCUUCCAAAAUGAACAUACUCGAAUUUCCUAAGAAAAUUGACAUAUCGAAGACAAGGAGUGGAAAAGUGCCAUUUGUAUCAAGAAACACAAGCCAAGAGAAUAAAAGCGUUAUUUAUGGAUCUACAGAUAGUAUAAAGACUAACUUGAAAAUGGGUGGAGGAUCGGAUAGCCCUAGAGGAAAUAUGGAGGCCAUGAGAAUCAAUAUCCAAGGUUUUCGUAAAAUAGAACAAAAUCAAAAUGGUCAUGAUGGUUUUCCUUUUGUUAUAUCCAAUAAUCCACUGUUCAUUGCGGAAUCUGAUAAAAAAGAAUCUCCUGUUUAUAGUAGUUCUGAGAGUCUGCGAGUAAAUUUUCAGCGACUUAGGAGAAAGUCUGAUGCGGAAGCAAACAAUCAAGUGGAAUUAAACAGUAAACUUUUGGCAGAGAAAUACCAGAAAGAAGUGUCAGGUUUGGAGAGUGUAAAGAAUUAUCUAGAUUCAAAAAAAGGUCAAGGGUUGAAUUUGGGUUUGGGUAAACUGACACAGAACAUGAUUCAGUUAGGCAAGAAUAUCGCACAAAAUUCGAGAAGUAUAGAAACUACUAUGUCCAAAUCAUUGGUUACUAAUGUAAGAAAUUUGGACAUGUCCGGUCAAACUCAGUCGCCUCUGAGGAGUUUAAAUAUACCUGUACAAAAACCUAAACACUUGGAUUUAAAUAUUCCACUUCAGUGUCAAUCACAGAUCAAUAUGAAAUUGAAUUUGACUUCGCAAAAAACGAAUGCUCCGUCUAGUCCUAGCCUACAUCAACACAUUUUGGAGCCACCAAAGCUGUAUCAGAAUGAAAAUACAAGAAAGGAAUUACCCCAGACUGACGUGCUUCUGGAAAAGAUGUCUACAGUUACUAAUAUAUAUAGACACAGAACAUCGUCACUGUCAGAGAACAGAAAGCCACCUAUUAAAAAUAUAAGGAGAUCUUUUCAUCCUACUAAUGACUCCAGUGAAGACUCAGAUUCUAUUUCACACUCAGAAACAGAUAUACGGAGUCGCUUACGUUAUAAGCGUCGCCACAAAAAGCUUCCACAUAAUUUGCGAUUGAAUUUGAAGAAUAAAAGCCACUUUUUGCAUCCAGAGACAGCUAGGGGAUUCUCAUCGAUAGAACUAUGCGGGAAAUCACCGCCUCCAUCGACUAGUUUCUUGAAUUCUCUAUCACCGCCUUUUCCCUCUAAAAAUAAUUUGCUUUCUUGGCCAGAAAGCGCCCCCAGUUCUAGUUUGACGUUUACUAGUAAUUCUGAUCUGGAUUCUGACACUAGUUCAGAAUAUCCAGAGUUUACAAACGAUGCUACGUUGUCGGAUGAAGCCAAGGAAGUGUAUAACAGCCUUGUGGAAACGCCCAGCAUAGAGACCUCUCCGGACACUAACCCGUUACGUAUGCUGCGCUCCGGAUUGCCCAUUGUCAGGCCCAGAAUUCGCGGGAACAAGCAUGCUACCUUGGGCUAUCCGAUGUCCCAUCAAGAUGACUUGGCCGCUGAUCAUUGUCACUUCGAAACUUACCAUAGUGGUUCUAAAACGUUACCUAAAAUCAGGGCACCACCGCCGCCACACGCACCGCCGCCUCUGCCUCAGUCACGACAUCUAGAAAGACAUCACUCUGCUCAGGAAAUAGAAAACAAUCAAAACCAAAACAACGUGGAUGAGAAUCCUAUACCAUUACCACCUAGAGAUAGGUCCAAGACGUUACAACCGAAAUCUAGCUUACCCAGACACCAGAGAAAGCAUCCCUUAAUUAUACCAGGUGGUGGAGUAACGAGAACCUUGGCCAAGAUGGCAGUUACCACACCACCUAUUGAGGAUCAGGUGGAUGGAAGUUUGCAAAGUACGAGUUCUUCAGUAGCCAGUAGUUCAUUACAAGAAGGUUACACGACAGAAAAUUCAGCUAAUAGUCCAGAAGAAUUCGAACAACGUAUAGACUCUGAAUUAGCAGCAUUGGAUUCGCUACCAGCAGAUGAGAAUAGGUUACAUCGAUUUAGCGUUAUCUCUGAAGAUCUGCUCGAGUUUUCGGAUAAUCUAAUUGACUGCGAUUCUUCAGAGUAUCAACAAAAUAUGCAAGAAAAUAGUGACCUGCAAUCAACCGAUUCCUCGACAGAACGGCUCCAAAGGAAGGUCAGCAUUGAAUCAAAGACUUCCCUUAGAAGUUUUGCUGCAAAAUAUAUCGAAGAAAACGAGACUGAUGAAACAAGAAGAAACUCUUCACCAUCAGAUUCAAACAAAUCCGAAGACUUAAUGGCCUGCAGCAAAAGCAACCUUCUUGUCCCCAAUAAACUUCAAGCAUCUCAAAGAACACCAUUAGUUCAGAAGUCUACGAAUUAUAUGAUGCAGUUCGAUUAUGGAGAAUAUUCAGAAAACAGCUCGCACCAGUUACGAUGUAAUAUAAGUAAACAGCAGUCAGAGAUCUCAAAAGAGUCUUCUGUUACUGAUUCAAAUGAUAGUUUUCAUUCUACGGGUUUGGCGGAUACCUACAAUAGAUUGUCUAAUGAAAAAUUAACUGGUCAUACAAGUGACUUAUCACGACAAUCUGAUCAUGUUUCUUGCGAGGAUCUAUUGGAAUUUGCCUGUGAUGGGCCAAAUGUAAGAAGGACCCGUGGGCCACGAAAUGGAGAACAAUCUGAUGAGGUUAGAAUCAUGAUGAAGGUGCUGCACGAGCAGUCUACGCCAGAAUCAUGUAUAGCAGCCUUAAAUGUCACUGAUUGGGAUGUGCUGGCAGCAAUUAAACUGGAACGCCUUCAGGGAUUAUUAAAAAAGGAGAAUAAUUUCGUUGGGCUAGAGGAUUGCAAAGUUAUGCUAAACCAAUGUGGCGGCGAUGUUGUAAAGGCGGCCGCAUUAUUGAGAAGCACUGAUGACACUGCUGCAGUUUAAUCAAUGUUUUUAUAAUAAUUGGCGGAUCUGUAUGAGCUAAAUGAGGAUUUGUUUAAAAAAAAUAUAGGCCAUGUAAGCGUUUUUAGUGGAACACGCUUGGCGGGGUUAGGUUCGGGUAGCAUUUUCAAAGUCAAAAUGCUUUUUUAUUAUAUGUCUGCACGUAGACGAAUUCAUGUGACAUUAAUUUAUUAUUUUAGAGUUAGUUAGAGUGAGAUUAUAGUGUUCGAACACGAUGUUAAUGCCUAAGACAAGAUAAUAGGUACUUCGAUAGAGCGUCUAUGGAAGAAUGGCAUAUGAUCGUCCACCAGAACUGAAAUCAUGUUAUUUUUACGGUUAA